AUGGCGCAUUUCCCCGAUGAAGUCAAGUGUGUUGCCGUCACUUACGAGAUUGUUUGGACUGUAAGAUUUACCAGCCCAUAUGUCAUAUCAAUGGUGCCGGGACCUCGGACGCUGAUCUUCCCCGUUUUGGCUCGUCUUUUAUUUAUUCCAUACUUCAUGCUUUGCAAUUAUAAUGUGGACGACCGCGUAAUGCCAGUUGUUUUCAAAAAUGAAUGGUGGUUCAUAAUUGGCAACAUUAUAAUGGCAUUUACCAGUGGAUAUUUCAGCUCGUUAGGAAUGAUGUAUGCGCCGAGGUGGGCAUAUUUUUACCAUUAG